AUGGAAAAGAUUUUUCGUGCCCUACCCUGCACCGAAAGACAAAAGGUAACUUUCGCCACUUUCGCCACUUUCGACACUUUCACUUUCAAAGACAAUGCAGAGGAAUGGUGGCUUCUCACUCUGGCCAAAGAAGAAAUUACGACUUGGGCAAGAUUCUUGGAAGUAUUUUACGAAAAAUACUUCCCAGAUUCAUUGCGGGAACAGAAGGCAUCCGAAUUCAUACAUCUAAAGCAAGGAACCAUGACGGUGGUCGAAUACAAGAGCAAGUUCACACAACUCGCUCGGUUUGUAACAUACGUCAUCCCCACCGAAACUCGAAAAGCAAGAAAAUUCGAAGCAAGAUUGGAUGCUAAAAUUAAAGAUAGGCUCGAGGUCUUGAAACUGCCAACCUAUGCAGAAGUGGUAGACUAG